CGCGCUUAUGAUCGUUCUUCUGUGUGCCACUGUGGGUAAGGCGGCGGACUGGUCCGACUACCAUCGGAGGGUGGGCAUUCCAGAAGCAGAAAGAAUAAGACAAGCCGAGCAAACCAUGUUCAUCAACAGAAUCGUCGGCGGAGUGAUCGCCCCCGUCUACCAACACCCUUACCUCGCUGGGCUGAUCAUGGACCUCAUCGGGCUGCCCCAUAACUCGGCUUGCGGGGGCUCCGUCAUAUCCAGCACCAGGAUCCUCACAGCAGCUCACUGCUGGAAUGACGGCAACUUCCAAGCCUGGAGAUUCACCGUCGUGCUCGGUUCAGCUUUCCUCUACCACGGUGGCUUGAGAAAAUUUGCGUCCGCCGUAGCGCCCCAUCCACACUACAAGGCCACAACGCUAGCCAACGACGUUGCUAUUCUAUAUCUUCCUACGCCUAUCCAGUUCUCUCACGCGGUUCAACCAGUGCUGCUGCCAAUAGGACCAUGGAAAGACUUCGAUCUACACAACAUAUGGGCGUACGCGUCAGGAUACGGAAGGUAUUCUGACGUGACUAACCCUACUAUUAACACUAUGGUAAGAAACGUAUUUCUUCGAAUAAUUACAAAUGAGGAAUGUUCUAGAGUGUACGGUAAUAUGGUUACCGAGUCAAACGUGUGUACGUGUGGGCAAGGAGGGGUAGGUAUUUGCCGAGGCGACUCGGGAGGACCGCUGAUUGUGCAGAACGCGGGACAAAACGUCUUGGUCGGAGUGAGCUCAUUCGUCGCUAGCGACGGAUGUAAGCUGGGACAUCCGUCUGCUUUUGCCCGAGUCACUUCCUAUGUGGAUUGGAUACGCUUGCAUUUAUAAUGUGAAC